CGGGAGGGGGCAUGUUUGUAAAAGAAGAUACACCCAGAAAUUGAGGGCUUAGGAGACUGUUUCUGAGAAAGGGCACCGUCUCGUACACAGGCUACCUGGCCUUUGGCUCCAAGCCCUAGGGGCCGAAUCUCCCUAGACCCUGUGUUUCACCCUGCACGCAUCGCGGGGAGGGGGCAAGGAGGAGAGAAAGCUGAAGUCAGAUGGGAGGGCACCAGAGAAGGGGGCAACAUGCGGGACGGAAGGCCCCCCCGGGAGGAUAAACACCUCGCAUUUUCUGAUCAGGUGGCGGGACGGGCUUCAUUGGGACAGCCCUAACCCAGCUGCUCAAGGCCAGGGGCCACGAAGUGACGUUGAUCUCCCGAAAGCCAGGGCCAGAUCGGAUCACGUGGGAUGAGCUCACGACGUCGGGGUUGCCCCGCUGCGAUGCUGCAGUCAACCUGGCAGGAGAGAACAUCCUCAACCCUCUCCGCAGGAGAGAUGGACCGUUUCUCUAAGCCGCAAUGAGGGCUUUACUAGGCGUGGAUAUAGAUGGGCUCCAGGGAAAGAGGGAAGGAAGGGUGGAAUGCAGCCUUUCAAAAAGAAGUUCUCAGCAGCCGCCUGGAGACCACCCAAACGCUGGCUGGAGCCAUAGCCAAGGCCCCAGAACCCCCCCAGGCCUGGGUCUUAGUCACAGGUGUAGCUUACUACCAGCCCAGCCUGACUGCAGAGUACGAUGAGGACAGCCCAGGAGGGGAUUUCGACUUUUUUUCCAACCUCGUAACCAAAUGGGAAGCUGCAGCCAGGCUUCCUGGAGAUUCUACACGCCAGGUGGUGGUGCGCUCUGGGGUUGUGCUGGGCCGUGGAGGCGGUGCCAUUGGUCAUAUGCUGUUGCCUUUCCGUCUGGGCCUGGGGGGCCCCAUUGGUUCAGGCCACCAGUUCUUCCCCUGGAUUCACAUCAGAGACUUGGCGGGAAUCCUGGCCCAUGCCCUUGAAACAAGCCAUGUGCAGGGGAUCCUGAACGGAGUGGCUCCCGCCUCCUCCACUACCAAUGCUGAGUUUGCCCGGGCCUUGGGUGCAGCCCUGGGCCGCCCAGCCUUCAUCCCUCUCCCCAGUGCCGUGGUACAAGCUGUCUUUGGGCAAGAACGUGCCGUCAUGCUGCUGGAGGGCCAGAAGGUGGUCCCACGGCGGACACUGGCUGCUGGCUACCAGUAUUCUUUCCCAGAGCUGGGAGCCGCCUUGAAGGAAAUCAUAGCCUAAAUGGGGAGGCUCAAGGCAGGGCCUGAGGCCUGUUCCUCAGCAGGGGCUUACUGGUGAGAGACUGCAUAAGCUCGGGUUCUCCUCGAGACUGAAAGCUAUCUGGUUCUUAAGCCCUCUUUCUUGCUCACUGUCCCACUGCCCCACCUUAUUUAACUGAGAGAUUUCUGCUAUUUCAGGGUUACAGUCGCAUUAUGUUGGGACCUUAACUUCUUCAACUUCUUAUAGAUAAAUAUCCAAGUUUGGUCUCCUUGUGUGUCCUGUUCCUGCCCCAUUUCUCCUCCUUGGUAUUCAGAGAAUGUUUUGCAGUUUAGGCAAUAAAGACAAAUUAACUGACUAGC